GUUAACUCCUUACCUUAUUUUUCCCUCCCACCAAUAUGAAGUUCUCCUCCUUCGCUACCGCAGCCGUCCUUUCUUCCGUCCUCACCCUCGUUAAAGCUGCUGCCCUCGAUGUUUUUGUGCCGCAUAUAACAUCUCCCACUGCUGGCGAUACUUGGGUCCCUGGCUCGACCUACACGGUUACAUGGGACACUUCCAACGCACCUUCUCAGAUUACAAAUGAGAAUGGCGCUAUAUUCUUGAGGAAGGGGUCCAAAACGCAGACUCCUGCUCUCGCCUCUGGCUUCUCCAUUCUUGAUGGCGCCGUUAAUGUGACUGUUCCAGAGUCGACCACCUUUGGCGACGACUAUGUUGUCGUCCUGUUUGGUGAUUCGGGCAACUGGAGCGGAAGAUUCUCGAUCGAAGCAUGAGCGGCGAGUCGGUAUUAAAAAAGCAUUAUUUCGCAUAUUCUGGGAAGAGACUUUCGGACUUUUUUUUACUAUUCGUUCGUUUCAUAAACCCGGACAACCUAGGAUAUUAUAGUCAGCCCCUUACUUACAUUUUGCCGUGUGUAUACACGUGCUCCAACGCUCCACUAACAUGCAGCUGUAUCCACUUUUUUCACACGGAUGGACCUGAGAGUUGUCGCCUAGAAACCAGU